GUUGUUAACGGAUAACCUGGGCUUGGGCAUACUGCAAUAACUCCUGCGCUCCCUGCAAACAGCUGCUUCGUCUUUGGGCACAAAAUACCGAUCCCUGUAUAUUGCUGACAACUGACAGAAAUGUCAGAGACGUCAAGUGAUGCAGAGUCGUCCUGUGGCUGGACCAUAAUCAGUCAUGAGGGUUCAGAUAUCGAGACGUUGGGAUCUGAGGCUGCAGUGGAAGCUGAGCUGUUAGAGCGCCCUCCAGUGGAGGAACCAGAGCUGCAGGACAAACAGGCUUCUGCAUCUAAUGCUCAGUGUGUUGAAGAGAAGGUUGCUGAGUCACUUGAUGAAACUCUGGAAGAACAAAGCAUAGAUGAGACAUUGUGUGUUUCCGAGGCGGGAGACAACUCCAAAGGGAAACAGCACAUGGCUCUGUUGUCCUCCAGUGAUCACUCAGACAUUGUGACUCUUGGAGACUUGAAGGAGGGCGAGCACGUGGAGGUGGAAGAGGAGGCGGCGGCAGCUAAUGAGGAGUUUUACCUUGGUUCCUCCUGCAGCAGCCAGUAUGCCUUCACUGCAGCAGAGACUGCAGGUUUGAUGUUGAGUCACUGGAAACUCCCACAGAGUCUCGUGAACUUAGGCUGCCAUCUGAGAAGUCAGCUCACUGGAGGCCGCUCUUUUUCAGUUUUCCCGUUGCAGCAGCCUACAGUGACAAACUCCAGCAGCAGUGAGGAUGAGGCAGGACGAAGCACCAGCGCUGUGGUCCGAAGACGAAGGUUGAGGAAGAAUACCACGAGCAUCGUCACAGAACCUGAGGAGGAGGUGCUGGAAUCUGGCCAGAGUGAGGAGGAGGAGGAGGUCAAAGAACAGAAGUGGCAGCAGCAGCAGCAGCAGCAGGAGGAAGAGGCAGAAGUUAGAAGUCUGGAUGUCCGAAUGCAAGGCCGGGGCAGAAGCCUCCUCAACAGCUGUGUCCUCAUCGCCCUCGUCAUAGCCAUCAGUAUGGGCGUUGGCCACUUCUAUGGUACAGUCCAGAUUCGAGAAAAACUGAAAACCGUUGAUAAACUCAGAGUGAAGGACGUUGGUGUUCUGAUUCGACGACAUGUUGGAGAACAAGCUUUUGUAAACCAGAGGGUUGAGUUUGGUUCGGAUGACCUGGAUGAGCAAGAAGUGAUUUCCCUGCUGACAGAAGUGAUUGAGAAGGUAAAGAAAGAGAACCAGGAGCUCAACAUCAAACAGGAGCACAUUCAGGCCCAGAGAGAUGACCUAGAAAUGCUGCUGAAACAGACGACUGAGGAGAGGACGAACAUUGUGUCACAGCAGCAAAAGUUGACAGCUGAGAACCAGUUGCUGAAAACCUCCCUGGAACGUGAAGAAAAAUCCCUUUCCACACUACAGGACGAGCUGAGAAACCUGCGCUCUAAGAUUACAGAUCGGGAGGCGAUGGGAACCGGUACCGACUCGCUGAUGUCAGAAAUCCAGAGGCUGAAAGAGCAGCUGGAGGAGGAGAAACGGCUGAUCAACAGCUUAUACGGCCAAGGGGAAGACAUGGCGGCUGAAGCACAGACACUGAGCAAGAAGCUUGCGAAGGAGAGAACGGUUACAGAUGAGCUGAGGAGAGAGUUAAAUGUGCUGAGAAGUGACAUCCCCAGAGCUGGAAAGGAAGCUGGUUCAGAGGCAGAGGGGCUCCAAUCACGUCUGAUGGAGCUGGAGAAGAGACUGAGCUUCGAGCAGCAGCGCUCGGACCUGUGGGAGAGGCUGUAUGUGGAAACCAAGGAAGAAAGAGCUAAAGGAGACACGGACCCCAGAGUUAAAAGACCAAAAGAGGGCGUGGCAGGGAAAGUGAAAGAGACAUUUGAUGCUGUGAAGAACUCCACUAAGGAGUUUGUCCAUCACCACAAAGAGCAGAUAAAGAAAGCGAAGGAAGCUGUGAAGGAGAACCUGAGGAAGUUUUCAGAUUCUGUCAAAUUAACCUUCAGACACUUCAAGGAUUCAGCUUCGACCAUCAUCAACAAAGCCCGAGGUUUUUAUAAUAAGAGACGCGGUGAGAAGCAAACAACAGAGUCGUGGAAGCACGGAUUCCACAACCCUCAUCACAGACACCAACGCAAAUCUGACGAUUCCUUCCAGAGCAACCACAACACUCGAAAAUCAGGGGAUAAAGUUCACAAAGGUCCAGGUCAAGACGCCCGCAAUCAGGAGUCCAUGAAUCGCUUCAACAAAGCCAUGGAGCCAAUCAGAGCAGAAGAAUUUUACCAGCUGCUGGAAAGCUACGUGCAACAAGAGGUCGACCACUUCCACCACUGGAAAGAGCUGGAGAUGUUCAUCAACAACUUCUUCCACAACGGAAUGUUCAACCACGACCAGAUGCCGUUCACAGACUUUAUCAGCGUCGUGGAAAACUAUCUGACUAACAUUCACGGGUCUGAUUAUCAUGGCCUGAAUGACGACGUAUUCAGAGAUCUUGAUGACUUUGUCUACCGGCACUUCUUUGGAGAGGCUUCCAGAAAGAAAUAUGUCCCAAAUGGGCCGUUUGAAAGACCAGACACAGACUCUAAGGAGUCGAGGGCGAAGAAUCAACAGCGAAAGCAGAGAGCCAGAAAUCGACCACACAGUGAACGCAAAUGGAGCCGAUCAGGAAGAAACGCAGACGGACACAUGGCUGACGUCAAAAUAGAACUGGGUCCGAUGCCGUUUGAUCCCAAAUACUGAAAAU